CCAAAUCAGAAAUCCUAUCCACGCGUACCCCACUCACCCCUGGUCCUUUCUGACAGACAUAUCCCUUCACAAUCAAACCAUCUCCUUCUUCUCCUACCAUCUCUCUCUCUCUCUCUCAAUGGAGGCCUUUUCUGGGUUCUCUUCGCCCUGCCUUAAGACACCUGGUUUUCUUCGUAAUUAUACAAGGAAAUAUGGUGUGGGAAUCAUAAGGGCCUCUGUGGCUGUUGAGCAGCAGACCGAGAAGACCAAGGUUGCACUCAUCAGAAUUGGCACCCGAGGAAGCCCACUAGCACUUGCUCAGGCUUAUGAGACAAGAGAUAAACUUAUGGCAACGCAUUCAGAACUGGCUGAAGAGGGGGCUAUUCAGAUAGUAAUAAUAAAAACAACUGGCGAUAAGAUACUAAGCCAACCACUUGCAGACAUAGGUGGGAAGGGCUUAUUCACGAAGGAAAUUGACGAGGCACUCAUAAAUUGUGAAAUUGACAUUGCUGUCCACUCAAUGAAAGACGUACCAACUUACUUACCAGAGAAGACAAUUUUACCAUGUAACCUGCAGCGUGAGGAUGUGCGAGAUGCGUUUAUUUCCUUGAGUGCUGCUUCGGUAGCAGAUCUCCCGGCUGGGAGCACUGUUGGUACUGCUUCACUGAGAAGAAAGUCACAGUUACUCCAUAAAUAUCCAUCUCUCAAUGUGCUGGAAAAUUUUCGUGGGAAUGUCCAAACACGAUUGAGAAAGCUAAAUGAGGGUGCAGUUCAAGCAACAUUGUUGGCGCUAGCUGGUCUUAAACGCUUAAAUAUGACAGAAAAUGUGACUUCGAUUCUUUCAACUGAUGAAAUGCUUCCAGCAGUUGCUCAAGGGGCAAUUGGGAUUGCCUGUAGAAGCAAUGAUGAUAAGAUGGCUAAUUACAUAGCCUCAUUGAAUCACGAGGAAACAAGACUUGCAGUUGCCUCUGAGAGGGCCUUUCUCGAGACCUUGGAUGGAUCUUGCCGCACUCCUAUUGCCGGAUAUGCUUACAAAGAUGAGGAUGGCAAUUGCAUAUUUAAAGGGUUGGUAGCUUCCCCAGAUGGAACCCGUGUACUGGAAACAUCUAGAAAAGGCCUAUAUGCUCAUGAAGAUAUGGUUAUGAUGGGAAAAGAUGCUGGCAAGGAGCUCCUUUCGCGGGCUGGUCCUGGCUUUUUUGGUUAGUAAAGUAGGAUAAACCAUUGAGAAUGAGAGAAAAUAAAGUCAAAGGCUUCAUGUUUAACUUUUAGGUGAUUGCUUCCAAUGAGCUUAUUAAUCCUUGGAGCUCAUGUUUGUUGUAACUUUAAUGAGAAUAUUGGUUUGAUUCAUUGUAAACUAGAUGACAAAUCAUUGCUGGUAGUGUUAGAUUGUCUUUUCUGAUGUGAU